GGGAAAGGGGGAGAGGAAGAUAGUAGUUCGGGCAUCUUUCUCUUUGGCGGAAGCCAUGCUUCUGGUUAGUCGCCAUGGAGGAGCUGCGGUUGCUGCCGAGACGGGCGCAGGACUUUGGUUCGGCUGGCUACUGGGAGCGCUUCUUCCGCGAGCGGGGCGAGCGCGCUUUCGAGUGGUACGGCGAGUGGGAGGAGCUCCGCGAGCCCUUGGAACGGUACCUGCGCCCGCGGGACUCGAUCCUUGUUGUUGGAUGUGGCAACUCAGAAAUGAGUGAGCAGCUCUACGAUGACGGGUACCAAAGUGUUGUCAAUGUGGACAUUAACGAAAUGGUCAUCAAGCAGAUGGGGAAACGCAGUGCUCACCUGCGGCCCAAGAUGAGCUACCUGGUCAUGGAUGUACUGCAGAUGGAUUUCCCUGAUGGGUGCUUCCAGGUGGUCCUCGACAAAGGCACUCUGGAUGCUCUCCUGACUGACGGAGAAGAGGCCACUUUGGCCAGGGUGGAGAGAAUGUUUACCGAAAUUGGCCGUGUCCUUCAAUUCGGAGGGCGUUAUCUGUGUGUCUCCUUAGCCCAAGCACAUGUCUUGAAAGCGGCUGUGGAAUAUUUCUCCAAGGAAGGCUGGAUGGUUCGAGUACACCAAGCUUCUGGGAAGGAAGCUACCACUUCCGAAGGCAAAUUUGCCCUGCCAGUAUUUAUCUACAUUAUGACGAAGAUGAAGCCAGUGCCCAGCUCAGCUUCUCGAAUUUUAGAACUGUGUGCAGAGAAACAUGACAAGCCUGUCCGGUUUUCAUCUUUGGAGCAUCUAAUUGAGGCAGUGAAAGAGCGGCAGCAGUAUGCUCUCCUACGCAGCCAGCUCAAUAAGAACCCUGGCAUGGGGGGCACCUCUCUGGAUCUGUGCAGCAAGGACAGUGGCCAGGUCCGCUACACCUUGCAUGUGGUGCACUGCCCAACCGUGAAGGUGUCGCGGGACAAUCGCUUUGCCAUCUUCAUCGUUCCACAGGGCAGAGAAACAGAGUGGGUCUUUGGGACUGAGGAAGGACGAAAGCAAUUGGCUGCCAGUGCAGGGUUCCGACGCCUGGUCACUGUGGCCUUGCACUGGGAUCAGCACUAUGAAAGCAUGGAAACCAUCCAGGCGGAGCUGUCAGAAAAAGUGAUGGAGCUGGCCCCACCUGGUCUCCAGGCCCAGCAAAAGGUUCCUUUUCUGUCGGUGGGUGGAGACAUUGGGAUCCGCACUAUUCAGCAUCGUGAUAAGAGCUCCCUCAGCGGGGAGUAUAUCAUUGAGGAUGUGAAGGGAGAUGAUGCCCACUACUUCCGCCAUCUUAUCUUCCUCAGCAACAGGAAUGUGGUGCAGUCAGAAGCCCGAUUGUCAUCCGGAGCACCUUGCAAAGGAAAUAAGAAGCCCAAAAAGAAGAAGAAAGCAGCUUCCAGCAAUCCUGUGAAGCCUGUUGAAGUGUCCACGGGUAUGUCCAUUGACAAGAGCUUCCUGUGUUGUGCUCAUCACAGAGCCAUGGUUGCGGGCCUGUCCCUGCUGAAGAAUCCCGAACAUCUCCCAGAAGUCCCGCUCCGUGUGCUGGUGAUUGGCCUGGGCGGCGGCAGCCUUCCCCUCUUCAUCCACGACUACUUCUUGCAGUGCACUGUUGAGGUGGUGGAGAUCGACCCAGCCAUUUUGGAAGUGGCCACACGCUGGUUUGGCUUCUCGGUAGGGGACAGGCUGAAGGUUCAUAUUGCGGAUGGCUUGGUCUACGUCUCCAGCCUAGUGGAAGAAGCGCCAGCCUCUUACGAUGCCAUCAUGUUUGAUGUUGACAGCAAGGACGCUGCCGUGGGAAUGAGCUGCCCACCCCCAGCCUUUGUGGAGAAGCCUUUUCUGCAAAAAGUGAGAGCCCUGCUGAAAACAGAAGGUGUUUUCAUUCUCAACUUGGUGUGCCGAGAUGCCAAGCUCAGAGAGACUGUUUUGGCUGCCCUUAAAGAGGUGUUCCCUCUGCUCUAUGCCUGGCAGAUCGAGGGGGAAGUGAACAAGAUUCUUUUCUGUCAGCAGCAGGGCGGACGCAAACUACCUCCUGCAGAGCUCCAGGCGUCGGCCCAGGCUCUGGAGAAAGCCCUGCGGCAACCUGGCUGUGCUUGGGACAGCACUUACACCCUUGCAGACAUGCUGGAGUCAGUCAAACUGGUGUGAGGGAAGGAAAGGCCUCCUGUCCUGCAUGGCAUCUGGCAUGCUGAGAGAAGCAGCAACCCACAGUGGUGUGGGGAUCAGUUGCGCUCUCACUGUCCUUGCACAGCGUUGCAAGAGGGAGAGGAAAGCUCCCCCCUCAAGGUGGCACGGAAAGGCUGUAAUGGUGAAAAGGAGAUUGCCACUCAAAGAGACAGUGAAGUGCUUCUCAGGAGUGGGUUCUUGCAUUGCAGUUGCCUGGAAAUGGCAGGGGAUACCUAGCAGGCCUCUGUGUGCUCUUUGUUGGGGAACUGAGAAGGGCAGCAACAGCAACAAGAGAAACCAUCUGAAAUAAACAUUUUUCUGUCUGUUAUGUGAUGGGUGGUGGGAUGAGGCAGUGUGAACCAGUCACCUUGACUAAAGCUUAAUAGACUAUUGAAUGUGCAAAGAAGGAUCAUGGUACUUUUCUGUAUAAUGAAACCAGUGGACUGUAAGAUGGGGCAAGUGCUGGCAAGUACCAUGAUCCAAAGACUCCAUUUUUAAAAAGAGCAUAUAAGGG